AAAAAUAUUUUUCGUUAUUAUUUUGCAUUCAUUAUUUUACCUUUAUUAUUUUGCUUUUAUUAUUAUACACAGUAUUUAUUAUUUGGAAACCAGAUUAAAACUAUUUCGACAUGCGUACAUUUUUCUCAAACGCAGAUGAAAAAUUUGUUCAGCUCAAAAAGGUUCAAGUCGUAAAGGAAUCACCAUUAAGCCACUAUAAAUUUCGAUUGAAGAAAUCGUUUAAACAAACCGAAGACUUCGACCAUUACUCGGUGCCCUUAGACUUCAAAGUAUCACCCGAUCCCCUACUCACUUUGUGCAUUAAAGUUGUGGACGCUUUACCCUUACCGACAGUCUACGAGUGGACGAAUGUGGAUGUUUGCCAGUGGAUACGAAAAUACGGUUACCCUCAAUAUAUGAAUACAUUUCGCGCUAAUUUCAUAACAGGUCGGAAACUAUUGUUGCUGGACGCGCAGUCGCUUAGCGCUAUGAAUAUUAAGAAAUUCGAAGACAUCAAACGUAUCGCCUAUGGCAUUCGUCAACUAUUCUUCUAUGAGAUGACAAAAUAUAUGCGCAGCAUUUCAUUGCCACCGGAAUACUAUUACGAAUUGUAUAAAAUGUUUCAGGUGAAAAGCGGAGGUAAAUACCGCAAUGUGCCACGUGCUGAUUUGUGGCGUCGAAUGCAACUCUUGCGCGCAAAACGCCAACCGCAAUCGCACUGGCAUCGGCUGGAACGUUGGUUGGCGCUCGAACAAGAUCAGACCGAACUCUUCGGCGGUGUGCCACAUUAUCCGUUGUACAAGUGCAAAGCAGGACCUCCACCGAAACCAACUCAAGCAGUUCAAACCAAACCUUGCCAUUGCUGCCCACCUUGCUCGUGCUACUGGACCGAAAAGCAGCUCAAUGCACCGCUGGUAUUCACAAAGCUUAAACCAGAUCGUAACACAGAUCAGAUAAUUUCGAAAGAGCGCUGCAAGAAAUGUAAAUUGGCAUGUACCUGUCACUGGCCUCCACGUUUCUACAAAUUCGAAACGUUAUUGACUUCUUUGAAGACGAGUUUUCCAGCUAAAUAUGGCAGAAAGAGAGACGAGCUACUCAAACAGACAAGCAGAUUUGGAAUGGCUAAUUACCGUAGUUUUAUACGCGUUUAGAUGAGAACACGCGCUAGCACUUACCAAAAAUCUCUGUAAGGGUAUUUGUGUGUAAUAAAUGUAAUAGUAU